AGCAUGUCGGGGAUUAAAGCUCGGCUUUCCCGGCAGCUGCGGAGCAUCCCGGGAGACGAGCGGAGCCAGGCACAGCUGGAAAACGGGACACAGCUGGAGAAGGGGACACAGCUGGAAAACGGGACACAGCUGGAAAACGGGACACAGCUGGAAAAUGGGACACAGCUGGAGAAGGGGACACAGCUGGAGAAGGGGACACGGCCGGAAAGUGGGACACAGCUGGAAAACCGGACACAGCUGGAAAACGGGACACAGCUGGAAAACCGGACACAGCUGGAAAACCGGACACAGCUGGAAAACGGGAUGCUCCACGCCCUGCACCUCUGCGAGUGCUUCCUCGACCCCUACCAGACCUGGCGUCGGCAGCUGAGCGGGGAAUCCAUCAGCGCCAAGGAGAAGAGCAAAUACAAGUUCGCCCCCGCCCCGCUGCCCCCCGAGUUCGGUGCCUUUUUCCAAGAGAGUUUCCAAGCUGGGAAGCAGCUCCCGGAAACGAUCCAGCUCCGGAUUAUCCAUCUUUUUGGAGCCAUCCUCUCCGGAUCCAAGCCCAACGCGCUCCAGGCCAUCACUCCGGCGGCGCUGGAAGCGCUCCUGGGGGUUCUGCGGCGGGGCGGCAGCGGGAGCCCACCGUCCCCCGCGCUGCUGGAGGCCACGCUGCAGAACCCCCAGGAAUACGAGGCCUCGGACCAGGAGCUCUCCGAGGGCUUCUCCGACCACUCCAUCUCCCCGAGCGGUCGCACCAAGUCCUUCCACUCCUACAACUUCAAGUCCUUCGACUCCUCAGACCGGGCCAGCCGCUCGUCGUCCAACCCCGGGGACGGUCCCCCCUUCGACGGCGUCUACCACCCGCUGUCCCCCUUCUCCACCUCGCCCUUCGACCUGGGGCUGGACCUGGCCAGCACCAGCUCCAUGGCCACGGCCGAGAGCGGCACCCAGACCCCGGCCAGCGGCCCCGGCACCCCCUCGCCCCUGGAGAGCUUCAAGCCCUUCCCGGGAAUGCGAGCGCGCAAGAGCUCCAGCCUGUCCAACGUCCUGGAUGAGAGCAGCUACCAGGACGCGCUGCCCAGCGACAACAUCUCCAACACCAGCAACCCCCAGCAAACCCCCGAGGAGGAGCUGUGCAACCUCCUGACCAACAUCAUCUUCUCGGUGACGUGGCGCGGGGUGGAGGGCUGGGACGACGCGGCCUGGAGGGAACGUGGCCAGGUCUUCUCCGUGCUCACCAAGCUGGGCACGGCCUGCGAGCUGGUGCGGCCUCCGGACGAGAUCAAGCGCAGCCUGCUGGAGAUGAUGCUGGAGUCGGCGCUGACCGACCUGAAGGAGUCGGGCACGGCCGCGCUGCCUGGGCUCACCCACAAUGCCCUCAAGCUGCUGCGGCUGCUCCAGGAUUUCCUCUUCUCCGAGGGACACAACAACCAGGCCCUGUGGAGCGAGAAGAUCUACGAGGGUGUCAGCAGCCUGCUGGACAAGCUGGGCGUGUGGCACCACCUGUCCAACGGCACCUCCGACCUGAGGGAGAUGGCGCAGACGGGCCUGCGGGUGCUCCUCGGGUACAUCCUGCUGCAGGACCCCCAGCUGCACUCGCUGGCCUACGUCAAGCUGCACAGCCUCCUGCAGACCACCUCAGCCCCGCGGAGGGACGAGGCCUGUUACCUGCUGGGGAAGCUGGAGACGCCCCUGCGGCGCUCCCUGGAUUCCAGGUCGGAGGCCUUCUCCUGGUUGGUGCCCAUCAUCCGCACACUCAUGGAUCAGUGCUACGAGACCCUGCAGCUGCAGCAGUUCCUGCCCUCUCUGCCCCCCACCAACGGCAGCCCCACCUUCUACGAGGAUUUCCAGCUCUUCUGCAGCACCCCGGAGUGGAGGGGCUUCAUCGAGAAGCACGUGCAGCCCACCAUGGCCCAGUUUGAGAUGGACACGUUUGCCAGGAGCCACGACCUGAUGUCCAAUUUCUGGAAUGCCUGUUACGAUGCCAUGAUGAGCAGCUCCCAGCGCCGGGAGCAGGAGAAGGCGGCCAGCCGCAAGUUGUUCCAGGAGCUGGUGCUGGAGCCGGUGGCGAAGCGCUGCAAGGCGGAGAACGCCCGUCACGCCAACGUCCUCAAGCAGGCCAACAACCACCACAGCACCGUGCUCAAGCAGUGGCGGUCCCUGUGCCGCCUGCUCACCUCGCCCCGCUCCGCCUGGGCCGACCGGAACCCACCGGAGGUUCGCUGGAAGCUGUCAAGUGCCGAGACCUACUCCCGGAUGAGGCUGAAGCUGGUGCCCAACCUCAAUUUCGACCAGCACUUGGAGGCCAGCGCCCUACGGGACAAUCUGGGAGCUGACCACCUCCAGAACCCCACCGAGUCCCUCCCGCUUGCCAUGGCCAAGGAGGCCAAGGUGAGCGAGCUGGAGGAUGACCAGCUGGCCGAGGAGGACCUCCCUGUCCUGGACAACCAGGCUGAGCCCAAGGAGCAGAACCAGCGGGAGAAGCUGGUGGUGUCAGAGGACUGCGAGCUCAUCACCACGGUGGCCGUGGUCCCUGGGCGCCUGGAGGUGACAACCCAGCACGUUUAUUUCUACGACGGCAGCGGCGAGAAGGAGGAGACGGAGGGAGGGAUCGGCUACGAUUUCAAGCGCCCCUUGUCCCACCUGCGCGAGGUCCACCUGCGCCGCUACAACCUGCGCCGCUCCGCCCUCGAGCUCUUCUUCAUCGACCAGGCCAACUACUUCCUCAACUUCAGGAAGAAGGUGAGGAACAAGGUGUAUUCCUGCAUCCUCGGCCUGCGGCCCCCCAACCAGACCUAUUUUGGCAGCCGGUCCCCCCAGGAGCUGCUCAAAGCCUCGGGGCUCACACAGAAAUGGGUCCUGCGGGAGAUCUCCAACUUCGAGUACCUCAUGCAGCUGAACACCAUCGCGGGGCGCACCUACAACGACCUGUCCCAGUACCCCGUGUUCCCCUGGAUCCUGCGGGAUUACGUCUCGGAGACCCUGGACCUCACCAACCCGGCCGUGUUCCGGGACCUGUCCAAGCCCAUCGGGGUGGCCAACGAGCGGCACGCCCGCGACGUCAAGGAGAAGUACGAGAGCUUCGAGGACCCCACGGGCACGGUGGACAAGUUCCACUAUGGCACUCACUACUCCAACGCCGCCGGGGUGAUGCACUACCUGAUCCGCACCGAGCCCUUCACCACCCUCCACAUCCAGCUGCAGAGCGGCAGGUUUGACUGCUCAGACCGGCAGUUCCACUCGGUGCCGGCAGCCUGGCAAGCCCGCAUGGAGAACCCGGUGGAUGUCAAGGAGCUCAUCCCGGAGUUCUUCUACUUCCCGGAGUUCCUGGAGAACCAGAACGGCUUUGACCUGGGCUGCCUCCAGCUCUCCAAUGAGAAGGUCGGGGACGUGGUGCUGCCGCGCUGGGCGCGCUCCCGCGAGGACUUCAUCCAGCAGCACCGCAAAGCCCUGGAGUCGGAAUAUGUCUCAGCUCACCUCCACGAGUGGAUCGACCUCAUUUUUGGGUACAAGCAGCGCGGCCCGGCCGCCGUGGAGGCCCUCAACGUCUUCUACUACUGCACCUACGAGGGGGCCGUGGACCUGGACGCCAUCACCGACGAGACGCAGCGCAAGGCUCUGGAGGGCAUCAUCAGCAACUUUGGGCAGACGCCCUGCCAGCUGCUCAAGGAGCCCCACCCCGCCCGGCUGUCGGCAGAGAGCGCGGCACGCCGGCUGGCCCACCUCGACACCCGCUCCCCCAAC